CCCUACGGCGGCACCGCCACCACCACCACCACCAACACAGUGAAUAACGGACAAAACUUGUAUACGAGAUCAGGCCCUCCACCACCGCCUUUGCUCCGGCGAGUAAUACCACCUCAACCACCUCCAGCCCCGGUCUUGAAAUACUCGUAUACCGAGAAAGCAUAUGGCAAUGGCAGUGGAGAUAGAAACGAUGAGCAAGGCGGUACGUGUCAGUGGACAAUUUAUACAUGCCACCAUCAAUUGACCAUCAUGUAGAUGCAGGGAGAGUUCCCAUCCAAUAUGUCGCCCAUCCAGUGUUUUCAGACCCGCCAUCUGCGCCUGAACCCCCUGUGGCAGAGAAUUUGACACCACCACCACCACCUCCCCCCGCACAAGAAGCAUCAAGUAAUGAACCUGAAAUCCAGCCAUUAGAUGAUAUACCCGAGGCGCCAACGGACGAGAUCGUGUCAGAGAUACCACAAGAUGCUGAAGGUAACACACCGGCAAGUAGCGAUGAUGUUAAUGUGGAAGGCGAGGCCAGACCCGAAGAUGUAAAGGACGAGCCGCCAGAUCCUGACGUCCCUCCACCACCCCCAGCCGACGACACUGUCCAGGAAGAUGCCCCCGAAGCAAGUCCGCCAGCGGUAGAGGAGCAAUUACCACCCAGUGACCCCGAGCCUCCGCCCCCGCCACCUGUCGAACUCGCGCCAGAGCCCGUUGAUAAUGACGACGAGAAGAGUGGUGAGUCCGAGCCGGCCGCUCAACAGCCCGUGGAAUCCCCCACCACCCCCAAAUCCGUGCAUUUCGCCUCUGACACCAAAGAACCAGACGAUACUAGUAAUGGCAAGAUGAAGAAGAACAAUGACAAGAGGAGACUCACGUUGACUGGUAAUUUCAAACCUUCUGCUUUUGUGCGCGUCAGAGAACCCCAUGCCAGCCCUUCCGCACCGCCGUCGCCAAAAGCGGACAGGAAGAGGAAAGAGAGGCGGUCGUCUGUUUCUUCCAUUUCCUCGAUUCUCAAGGGCAGGAGUAGUCGGAGGGGUAGUGCGUCCUCGGCAGACGAUAGAUCGGUUGUGGAUGAUGGAGAUGCAAAGUCUGACGUUUUAGCAGGUGCCGAUACUGAGUUGCCGGUGGAGGAGACGUUGGGUGGUCAAGAUGUCACUACUGAGGAGGUAGCAUCCAUCGAACCCGUGGCAGAUGCAGAAGAGGCUGCAGCCAGUGAUUCUGUUGUCGAUAGCGAGAGUGCGGCCACGGAUGAACCCGCAGUCGAGGAUGAACAGACUGCUUCCAGCGAACCCGCAGUCGAGAGCGAGCCACAAGCAGAAGAGACAUCUCCAGAUGCUGAAGAGUCUGUAGUCGAAGAACCUGCAGCAGAUGUGCCUGAAACCGAAGAAACAGCAAUCGAAGAGCCUACAAUCGAAGAGCCAACAACCGAAGAACCUGCAACCGAAGAACCUGGAGUUGAAGAGCCUGCAACCGAAGAACCUGGAGUUGAAGAGCCUACAGCUGAAGAGUCUGGAGCUGAAGAACUUGCAGCUCAAGAGUCUGCGACCGAAGAACCUGCGGCUGAAGAGCCAACUGAAGAGUCAUCAUCUGAGACCAACGCUGAACCUGAGCCGGAGGAAACUCCUGCUCCCGAACCCUGUAAGUGUCUAGCAUCCAUGAGUCUCCAAAAUUGCAGGACGCAUAGACUGAUCGAUGCAACAGCAUCUGAACCUGUCGACGAAGCUGAAGACCCUGUGGAGCCGUCCGGCACAGAAGACGCAUCCGCUGAUACACCCGAGCUACCAGUGGUAUGUUAUCUGAUUGUAGUUCACUUAGCUUUGAUAAAAUUUCUAGGGCGCAUUAGUGCUAGAUUUACUAAUGCUCAUGUAGGUCGAAGAACAAGCUGUUGUCGAGGAGCAGCAAACUCCUGAUGAGGAACCCGCAGCCGACGAACCAGUAUCAGUCGAAGAUAAACCCGUUGUUGAGGAACAACCUGCAGUCGAUGAGGAAGUUAUCGUCGAUGAGACACCUCUUACCGAUCCUCCUGCAGAAGAGACAGCUCCUAGCGAGGAAGACCCUAGCGAGGAAGUCACGGUCGAGCAGGAGGCUGCAGUCGAAGAGACUGUUGUUGACGAUAUCCCAGUCGAAGACACUCCGGGUGAAGACACUCCAUUUGAC